ACUUUGGACAAGGCUGGCCAAAAACGACUCUAAUGCCUGUCGUUUAAUUCGUCUUCUAAACAAGAAAGAAAUCAAGGGGGAAGUCAAGUGUAAACAAUGGCGGAAAAAAUACCCUUCAAAAACCUCCAUAGCAGAGAAUACCAAGGACACAAAAAGAAGGUGCAUUCGGUGGCAUGGAACUGUACUGGUACGAAACUUGCUUCAGGUUCUGUGGAUCAAACUGCUCGUAUUUGGCAAAUUGAGCCCCAUAGUCAUGGGAAGGUGAAAGAUGUUGAAUUAAAGGGUCACACUGACAGUGUGGACCAGCUAUGUUGGGAUCCCAAACAUGCAGAAUUGAUAGCUACAGCAUCUGGUGAUAAGACAGUUCGAUUGUGGGAUGCUCGUAGUGGGAAAUGCUCACAGCAAGUUGAGCUCAGUGGGGAAAAUAUCAAUAUCACUUACAAGACUGAUGGGACACAUGUAGCUGUUGGAAACAGGGAUGAUGAGCUAACAAUAUUGGAUGUUCGCAAGUUUAAGCCUAUUCAUAAGCGCAAGUUUAAUUACGAGGUAAAUGAGAUUGCAUGGAACAUGAGUGGCGAUAUGUUCUUUCUUACAACUGGAAAUGGAACUGUGGAAGUCUUAGCUUAUCCAACUCUACAACCUGUUAACACGCUUAAUGCUCACACAGCUGGUUGUUACUGCAUUGCAAUUGAUCCACUUGGAAGAUAUUUUGCUGUUGGAAGUGCUGAUUCAUUGGUCAGCCUUUGGAGCAUUAAGGAGAUGCUAUGUCUUCGAACAUUUACAAAACUCGAGUGGCCAGUUCGAACAAUAAGUUUCAAUCACACAGGAGACUACAUUGCGUCUGCUAGUGAAGAUUUGUUUAUUGAUAUUGCUAAUGUCCAAACUGGACGGUCAGUUCACCAGAUUCCAUGUCGUGCUGCCAUGAACAGUGUGGAAUGGAAUCCGAAACACAACUUGCUUGCCUAUGCUGGGGAUGAUAAGAACAAGUAUCAGGCUGAUGAAGGUGUGUUUCGCAUAUUUGGCUUUGAGAGUGCAUAAAGUCCUGAAAGAUCACUUUUUAUCAAAAAAAGAUCCUUAAAAGGUCUUUGUAUAAUGUAAGGAGAAGAGAGUAAAAUAUCUAUAACAUUCCGCACAUGGUAAUUGAGACUCGAGUAGUAUUGUACUUCAUUUUUGAUAAAUUAUGUACAGAUUAUGAAAGAGACGUUAGAACU